AUGUCUUUGAAAGCAGAUGACAGCCUCGAUAGUGGCCAGAAGUCGCCUCAACCAUGGAAGUCGACAGAACCUUGGGUGCACGCCUCUGUGCCACCAGGUGCCUUCCCUGUUUCUCCCAACACCCCAGCUAAUCCUGGUGUAUCGGGACACCAGUCUUUAUCAGCCGCCGUUAAAGCUCGGCAAGACCAGUACAUCCGAAAAAAGACUAUGAAAAUCAAGAUUGGCACCUGGAAUGUGGCUUCAAUCAGCGGUACUGAAAAAGACCUUGGUCCCUGGUUUAUUGGGGCAUAUGGGGUCAAAGGGCUUUCGCAGGACCUUGCUGGUAUCGCCGUCGAAACUCAACCAGAUGGAACUUACAACCAUCAUGAGAUUGAGUCAGUAGAGCAACAGGAAGCCCGAGUGGCGAGAAAGAAGACUACUUUGCCAAAAGUGGAUGUCCCGGCAAUUGAGCACGAUGAAGAUAUCGAUCUAUAUGUGUUGGGACUGCAGGAAGUCAUAGACGUUUCAUCCAUGACAGAAGCUGUCAAACCUUUCACCGAUCCAAACCCAGCCAAAAAGUGGAAGAAGGCGCUUAAAAGUUCCUUACCUGCCGGCUAUGAGAAGAUUGCCGAACAACAAUUGCUGGGCCUUCUGAUUCUCAUCUAUGCUUCGCCAGAGUUGGCUCCUACAAUCAAUUCGGUCAGUACAGCUAGCGUUGGCACGGGUUUGAUGGGUUAUCUCGGAAACAAGGGUGCGGUCUCAGUCCGCCUGAUGAUAGGGGAAACGACGAAGAUGUGCUUUGUCAAUUGUCAUCUCGCUGCGGGAGCAGAUCAGACUGCCUUGAAUCGACGGAUCUGGGACACAAGUCAAGUUCUUGCCCGAACGAAAUUCUCACCCGUUACUCCUGAUGGAGAAGUCACCAAUGAAAUAGAAGAAAAGAUAGGGGAUGAAGACUUCGGAUUCUGGUUUGGUGACCUCAACUACCGACUAGAUGAUAUCCCGGGCGAGGAUGUCCGGAGACUACUCCUGCUACAUACUCGGAAUGAGUACGAUGUGGCGAAUAAAUCCAAGCGCCGCAUUGAUAGCGAACUGGGCUACUUGUCUGCACCUUCAACCGAGUCUAUCGUGUCUCACAAGCAUUAUGAAUACAGCGAUGUGGAACUGCCUGCCUCGGAAAGCGCCGCCGAACCAGCACUUGACCCAAAGUCUGAUCCAGCUUCACUUCAUACCACCAUUCAAUCCCUCUUGGCCCACGAUCAAUUGCGUGCUCAACAAAAAGCGCAAAAGGCCUUUCACGAAGGUUGGAGAGAAGGGGAGAUCAAUUUCCUACCAACUUACAAGUAUGACGUUGGUAGUGUUGGCAUGUUCGACUCAGGAGAGAAGAAGCGAAGCCCAAGCUGGUGCGACCGAGUUCUGUACAGGACACGCCGAGAUCGAGAAAUAUAUGAAGAGAAGGCGAAGCGAUUAGAAGAGGCCCGGAAGAAAGACGAAGCCAUGAAAGCUCGUGGCAUAGAUGAGGCAAAUGCGGAACAAGACGUGUUAUUCGACUAUGAUCCAGACACUGAUGGAUUAGCGUAUGGGGAUGACUAUGAUGACUACGAUGAGGAAGAGGACGCCAUACACGACGCUGAGCUGGUCCGUACAAGGGAGGAGUAUGGCGACCCAAUUGAGCUGGAUCAUUAUAUUUCCCACCAAAGGGUCCUCUCCUCAGAUCACAAACCCCUCUCGGCCGUUUUCACUCUGACUUACGAUGCUGUAAUCCCGGAACUCAAGGCAAAAGUUCAUCAAGAGGUUGCACGAGCUUUAGACAAGGCAGAGAAUGAAGGGCGUCCGGCGGUCACUGUGGUAGUUGACAAUCAUCCUGAAGACACAAGCUCAAACGCUGACGAUACGGCAGACAUGAGUGCCGUCCAAUUCGGCCGAAUUCGAUAUGGUGAGAAAAAGACAAGAACUGUCACCGUUGCCAACACAGGACAGAUCACGGCGACUGUGGCUUUCGUUGAACGACCUUCGGAAAACGGCGAGGAAGGGAAGAUUGUACCAUCGUGGCUUAAGCUUUCGAUGGAAGAUGAGACCAGCGUGAGUUCGGGGCAGGAUGGGACGAAGCCUCCUACCGAUUUUACUCUUUCCCCGGGUGACACGACCGUUGUGAACCUAACAAUCGACAUAUCCGAUGGUCAGCUCGUGCAUGACCUGAAUACGGGUGAUUUACGACUUGAUGACAUUCUGGUUCUGAGGGUUACGGACGGAAGGGAUCACUUUGUCCCUGUCCGUGGUGUCUGGUUACAAUCAUCAUUUUUCCGGACUCUCGACGAGCUAGUUCUUGCCCCAGAAGGUGGUGUCCGCAAACUCGAAGAUUUACGGAGGCAAGCAUCUCGGGGUGGUAGUGACGCACAUCACUCUGCCCCAAAAGAGUUGUUUUCAUUGACAGAAGCUAUUCCCAGUCAUACAGAACGUUCAAUCGCCGACUGGUCAAUGCUACACGGAGCGGACACUCCACCAUGGCAAUAUGAAGGAGUCGGCGUUUCUUGGCCUUUCAGCUCCCAAACAUGGACAUUCCACCAAGGUGAAGAACGAACUGAGUAUCUUCUACGCUUACGAGAGGCAUUAGACACUGCACAACCACUCGAGGAGAGCUUCGGUGCAGACGUUGCUUGUAUCGUCAGGCUAGAAGUGCUUGCAGAAACACUCCUGGAGUUUCUACGCUCUCUGCGAGAUGGGAUACUGACCCCAGAUGUAUGGGCAGAUGUGGAACAGAAGUUGAGCGCGGCCGAAAAGGGAAAAUCACAACCGACACUGGAAGAGAUACAGGAUAUGGUUAUGGACUCGAUCUCAAGAUCUCCCGUGCACAGUGUCUCACUGACAUUCAUUACCUUUAUGCUCAUGCGACUCAUCAACGAACUCGUGCCCUGUGGAAAUCUUUCCUUAAAUUCCGCCGCACCGACAUCACCCAAUCAGUCUCGAAGAUCAAGAGCAUCCACUCUGUCAAGCGAGUCAGAACCAACCUCUCACUCCGGGCAAAGCACCCCCGGCCGACGUAGUCUCUUUGCACCGUUACGACGACGCCGGACCCAGAGCAUCUCGACAUCAUCAGAAUCGGCAGCAGAUCCGGAAAUACCCUUGCACCAACGUCGGCAUCAACUCAUCCAAGCUUAUACUGAGAUUUUAGCCCCGAUUGUGAUUAGGUCAGAGAAUGAUGCAAGUGUGAAAGGACGGGAAAAGGCGACACUGGAGUUGCGCAAGAAGCGGGUGUUGGGGGCGUUUCUGGAUGCUAGACAUAUAUGA